UGUACACGCACAUGUGUGUGUGAGAGCUUGUGGGCUCUUUGUCCUGAGUCCAUAACUGCAAAGUUAACUGGGCUGGAAGAGUUUGGAUUGAACACCUGAAGGGCAAAAGAAAGGCAAAUUCCACAUACACUGAUCUUUUCCACUUCAACUCGAGCAGCCUUUGUAUUCUCUACUGCACUGGAUUAUUUCUAGGGAAGGAAAGGCAGAGAGGGUCAUCCUCAAUGAAGGUAGCUUCUCUUUUACUAGUGGGUUUUUACCUGCUGCCUUCUUGCAGGGCAGAAGAGGGACUGAACUUCCCAAGUUAUGAUGGGAAGGACCGGGUGGUAAGCCUCAAUGAGAAGAACUACAAGCAAAUUCUGAAGAAGUAUGACCUGCUCUGCCUCUUCUACCAUGAGCCGGUGUCUUCUGAUAAAAUCUCCCAAAAGCAGUUCCAAAUGAAAGAAAUUGUCCUAGAGCUGGUGGCCCAGGUCCUAGAACACAAAGAUAUAGGUUUUGCCCUGGUGGACUCCAAGAAAGAAGCCAAGCUUGCUAAAAAGCUAGGUUUUGAUGAAGAAGGAAGCUUGUAUAUCCUUAAGGGUGAUCGCACUAUAGAGUUUGAUGGAGAAUUGGCUGCCGAUGUUUUGGUGGAAUUCCUUUUAGAUCUAAUUGAAGACCCAGUGGAGAUCAUCAACAGCAAACUGGAAGUCCAAGCCUUUGAGCGCAUUGAUGACUACAUCAAACUCAUCGGCUUCUUCAAGAGCGAAGACUCAGAACAUUACAAAGCAUUUGAAGAAGCAGCCGAGCAUUUCCAGCCAUAUAUCAAAUUCUUCGCCACUUUUGAUAAAGGGGUUGCAAAGAAGCUCACCCUGAAGAUGAAUGAAAUUGACUUCUAUGAACCGUUUAUGGAUGAGCCCGUUCUGAUCCCAGAUAAACCAUAUACCGAGGAAGAGAUUGUGGACUUUGUGAAGGAACAUCAAAGACCCACACUACGCAGGCUGCGUCCAGAAGAUAUGUUUGAAACCUGGGAAGAUGAUCUGAAUGGGAUCCACAUCGUGGCCUUUGCAGAGAAAAGUGACCCGGAUGGCUUUGAGUUCCUGGAAAUCCUGAAACAAGUGGCCAGGGAUAAUACCAACAAUCCUGACCUGAGUAUAGUGUGGAUUGAUCCAGAUGAUUUCCCAAUGCUCAUUGCCUACUGGGAGAAGACUUUUAAGAUCAAUCUGUUCAAGCCACAAAUUGGAGUAGUGAAUGUAACAGAUGCGGACAGUAUCUGGAUGGACAUACCAGAUGAUGAUGACCUACCGACGGCUGAAGAACUAGAAGAUUGGAUAGAAGAUGUGCUUUCUGGGAAAAUAAAUACAGAGGAUGACGAUGACGAUGAUGACGACGACGAUGAUGAUGAUGACGAUGACGACGACGAUGAUGAAGAUGAUGAUGACAACGAUGACGAAGAUAAUGAUAGUGAUGAUGAAGAUGAAUAGCUCUCGAGCUGAAAUUCUCACAGAUACCAAACCAUUUUUAUUCAUUAUCCUUUAAAAUCAGAAUGGGAGAUAUGAGCAGGCAGUCCCAAAGAGUUCCUUCCCUUAUUUUUAAUACCUCCUUUUCUAUGCCCUUAUUAUCAAGAAUAAGAAAACCCAGCAAUUCAUUCCUAAUAUAAUGUGAGGGGUUGCUGGUGGAUAUAAGUUGGGAAUAGGAGAGUGAAAAGGGGGAGGAUAGGGAAUAUGUCUAGUGUUAAUGUCCUUGCUCGUGUCUUAAGACCAGACAUCCCACUAAGACAAGAAAAACCACCCACAUCUUACUGCAUUUAGCAACUUGUUUCUCUUAUCCCCAAAAUACAGGGAUCAUGACAGUACCAACGUCUGGCUGUCUUGAGCAAAAAGGUCCCCUCAUAUCUAUUCUCAAGUGUACUUUUUAUAGAUGACUGGGACAAUAACAGAAAUCAGGUUUGGUAACAACCACCAAUCCAGAUACCAUGGGAAAUACUCCUUAAUCAACUAAAUUAGGUAAAUACUCUCAAUUCACUUAGAAUCCAAACUCAAGACAAGCCCAGUAUAUGGUUCAUGCUCCUGGGAAUGAUGAAACCCUGAAACUUGAAACUUGUAACUUUUGCUAAAGAGUUCAUCUGAUACUUUUAAAAUAUCAAAACAUCUACUUUAUUGGAUGGAAGUAACAAUAUUGGCACUUUCCCCAUCCCACCCCCUUUUCUAUGUCCUUCCUCUCACCUCAAAAGCUUAUAGUAAAUUAUGUAUGCCUGUAGUUUCUUCUCCAUAAUUUCAUUUUCCCCUUCAUGGUAAAAGCUGUUGUUGUUGUUGUUGUUUUUCUGACAUCCUAUCAAACUGAACUUUCUGUUACUAAAACACUUCCAUAUAUCUCUAGUGCAAUCAGAAUCAGUAUUUUUAAUCACGACUCUGAAGCACUGUGAGAUCCUGAAGUGCCUUCUGAAUCAUCAAAGAAAGCUUAAAUUUUGUUCAGUAUAGUUGUGGUGCUGUGUGUUUUAAGCCUCUUCUAAUUCUUUGGAAAUUGGCAACUCAUACAUGAAUUCUAUUAGCCAAGAUAUUUUACUCAUGAGAAUUGCUCCUUACCCAGUCAUUCUAGGAAAACAGAGUUAGCUCUAUUUCCUCAUAUGCUUCUCUGCUGUAUAAGAUUCUGGUGGAUUGUUCCACAAUGUGAUGUGGCUAUCUUUCAAGGUCUGCAGCUUUGGCAUCUGCUGGGAGGCUUCUAAGACUACCUGGCCUGCAGCAGAAUGUCAUUUGGACCUUUCAUUUCCCUUUGGGAAAUGAAUCAGCAAAACAGUUGUUGAAGCUGUUAUUCCAACUGGGCUUUGGUCCAUGGGCCUAUUUGGUCCCUAGGUCUGGGACGAUACUGAUCUGUGGGUUCUCAUUCUCAGGAGGAUCUGUUAAGCAAUAAACACCUCCACAAACAUACCACCUUUAAAUUGUGUCUCUGUGUCAGAACUCUGGAAUACUGUAAGAUGACUGAGGAAGAACAAGUAAGAAUGACGUAAAAGGUACUAUCUAGCACACAUAUGAGUGGGAAAGGAACACUUGUGGAUGUGAAAAAAAUCAGAGGAUGGCUUCCAGGGAAUUGAGUGGAUCCUUUUUGGAAGAUUUAAGAAAGAGAAUUCCACAGGAUUUGAAAAUGUGGAUGUGUGUUUGAUGUGUGUGACACAUCAAAGGAUAAACAGGGUAAUGCCUCAAUUCUUUUUAGUUUUGUUUUGUUCUCUGCAGGGACCUCAGACCCACAAGUAGUCUUGAUCAUUCUCGAGGGCUGGGUACAAAAAACUUUGCAAUCAAAGCAAGGCAAUGUUCUUCCUAUUGUCCCUUAUAGUAUAUCUGUGUUCAAGGAUGGGGCUCCUGUAAUCCCCCUCACACACACACACACACACACACACACACACACACACACACCCCUAUUUCACCCAAUGGAAGCUGGAGCCUGUGAUUACUUUAGUCUCCUUUUGGAGACAAUACCAGGAUGAUAAGCAUGGGGAAGAGAGGGCUACCCAUCGUGUUUUGGAAAAUGGUUCAUUGUUUUAUUGUCAAGAAUGGGUAAAACUCUUAAAUUUGUCUGUAAGAAAAAUAAUCCUAUUUUAAAAUUUUAAAGUGG